GUGUGUGAAUGUGAAUGGAUCCAAAAAUAAGUGAAAGGGAGGUGGUACUUUGAGAGAAGGCAAGGCAGUGUUGUGGCGAUUGUCAGGCAAUUCACUCUGAGAUUGAUCAGACCCAAUUGUCCAUCCAUAGAUGUAAUGUAAGAGUCCCCACUUUUUUCUUCCCCUCUUUGUUUUAUAGGUCCCACUUCAACACCUUCUCUUCAUUCAUCACAUCACACACACACCCUUCUCUUCUCUUCUCUUCUCUUCCUCUUCACUCAUUUAUUUUUCUCUCUUCUCCACAACUACUUCAACGCAAAAACACUCCCUUCACUCUCCAAAAUAUUCCCUUCAUGGACAAAAAAAUCAUUGAUAGAGAAACACAUGACUUAAUGAAUGUUGACUCAUUCUCUCAACUUCCCUUCAUCCGCCCUCCACCUAAAGAAAAAGGCAUCCGCCUCUUCGGCAUCGAGUUCGGCGGCCGAGCAGCCGCCGAUGACAUCGACGACUCCUCCGAGUCUCUCGAAACAACAUUCGAGGUUGAAAACAACAACACCAACAAAGACACCAACACUAACACCAACAACAACAGCAGCAACAGCAUCAGCAACAACAACAGCAGUAAUAACUACAUGGAAAACAACAGAAGAUUUGAAUGUCAUUACUGUUGUAGAAACUUUCCAACUUCACAGGCUUUAGGAGGUCACCAAAACGCACACAAAAGAGAACGGCAACAUGCAAAACGACAACACCUUCAAUCAACCAUGGUACAUGCUACAUCUUUCUCUGAUCCACAUCUCUACCAUCAUCAUCAUCAACAGCAACAACAUCCUCUCUACAGAUUCACAUCAUCAUCACCAUCCUCAUUAUCAUCAUCACCUUCUUAUCCAACAUGGAACUCAAACUCAGCCACUGCAAGAUUCUAUAACCAUCCAACUUCUUCAUACUCUCAACAACCUAUCAAUGGUAGUCCUUUAGCUUUCUGGAGAAUCCCAAACGGCACCAUCCAGAGUAACCCUAGUUUCAACCAUGAACGUCCUCUCCCUUUACUUGCUUCCGAGGAAAGAGCGAAUCCGUCUCAGGACGGAUACGCACACGGAGUUCGUUCUAAUGUUUCGCAUAAUCGCUACGUUUAUGAUACUAAACGUAGCGACCAUGUUAGUUUAGAUCUUCAUCUCUAAAUAACCAAUUUUCUUGUUUAUUUAGCUGUUGAAAAAUCUAUUUAUAUAUAUUAAGUUUGGUAAUAACAUCUCAAUUAUUAUUCA